CCUCACUCUCUCUCUCUGUGUCAGUGUGGCCUCAGCUCGCCUCCUGCCCACACCGCACACACCGGCACACACACCACUCAGACUUGAACCCCACUCACGCAGGACUUUCUCUCCCUCCGCUGCAACAGUCCCCCCAGCGCAUAGUCACUCCACCCGGUCCGGUACUCCCUUCUACCGCUCUCCCUCUCCCGUUCCGUCUCGUCCGCUGCCCAUGUGUUUGAGCGCUAACUUGGGUGUUUUGCUAUGUACUGUUGGAGGGGUUGCUGCUGCGUGUGCUAAGUGCCUUGCGUGAAUGGCUCUUCGUAAGGUUGAGACACGAGGUGAAGAUGAAACGUUCGACGAGAAACGUUUGUUAUUGUUGUGUAUGUAGAAACGUUUGUGAGCGUGACCUGGUUUGUGAUAUUGGAACCGGUAUUAUCACCAGUCUGUAGAAACGUUUGUCAGCGUGACCUGGUUUGUGACAUUAGAACCGGUAUCACCACCACCACUACUACCAGAACAUUUACCACGAGGAAAAGGAUCUUCCGCUGCUAAAGGACUCUAGAUACAAGGCCAGACAAGAGAGAGAUACGGGGAAGACAAGGCCAAGGACGAAGAGUGACACAGAGAGACAGAGACUGAAACAGAGAGACAGAAAGACAUGGAGAAUCGUGUGGAGCUUGUGCGCGCGAUCCCUGUGGCGCUACUCCGAGUGUUCGCCGUCGUGGUGUUGGGCGAAGUGGCGCGCAGACACGAGUACGACUCCUCCGGCAGUCUUCAGCUACAGUACGACUUUGUGAUCAUCGGCGGCGGGUCGGCAGGCAGCGCCCUCGCGUCGCGCCUGUCGGAGGUGGCCAGCUGGCAGGUCUUGUUACUGGAGGCCGGAGACGCGCCGCCGCCGGAGAGCUACGUGCCGGGCUUCCACCAACUGCUUCUGCACGGCGACGCGGACUGGCGCUACUUCACGGAGCCCGAGAGAGAUGUGUACAGGGGCUUCACUGGACAGCGGAUCCCGUACCCCCGCGGACGUGUGCUGGGCGGGAGUUCGGUGCUCAACUCGCUCUUCUACGUGCGCGGCAACAGGCGGGACUUCGAUAACUGGGAGGCGAUGGGCAACCCGGGGUGGAGCUACGAGGACGUGCUGCCCUACUUCAGGAAGAUGGAGGACUUCAGGGGCCAGACCAACCCCUUCGUAGCGCGUCGGCUUGGGCGCGGCGGCCCCGUCGUGGUGGAGAGGAAGGAGUUUCGAACCCGCGUGCUCGGAGGCUUCUUGCGGGCCGGCACCCAGUUGGGCUACAGGCCCGUGGACCCAAGCGACCCCGACCAAGUGGGGUUCGCCGCGGUGGAGCUGACAACCAAGGACGGCGUGAGGUGGUCCACGGCGGACGGCUACCUCCGGCCCGCCACGGAAAGGCCCAACCUGCACGUAUUGCUCAACGCCCACGUGACGCGCAUUCUCUUCAAUAGCAACAAGCGAGCCGUCGGGGUGCGCUUCAAACACAGGGACCAGAUGAAGAAGGUUUAUGUGCGCCGGGAGGUCAUUCUGAGUGCCGGGUCGAUAGGGUCACCGCAGAUCCUGAUGCUGUCUGGCGUGGGUCCCUCCUAUCACCUGGGGUCCCUCGGGAUCCCCGUGGUGGGUGACGUGCCGGGGGUGGGUCAGAACCUCAACGAUCACCCCUACCUGACGGGGCUCGCCUGGACCAUCAAGAACGACACCUCUUUCAACAUCCUGGACACCGCGCAACCAUCUGUCAUUUUCGAGUACAUCCACAGGCGAAAAGGUCUGCUGUCCACGCCCAUCUCCAUCGAGGGUCACGCGUGGCCCUUGGCAGCCGAGGGUGACCCCUUGUGGCCCGAGGUACAGAUGGGCUUCACGCCCUUCACCAUCGGGAACGACUUCGGUCUCAUCACCCAACGAGUUCUCGGCAUCGACAGAAACUUCUACAACGAGUACUACAGCGGAUUGGGCGGCGUGCAAGGCUUCUCGCUGGGGCCCAUCCUCUCCCGCCCCAAGAGCCGCGGGAACGUCACCCUCGCCACCACCAACCCCUUCCACGCCCCCCGCAUCGUUACCAACUACUUCUCCCACCCUGACGACAUACGGGUCUUCCUCAGAGGCAUGAAGUUCGCAUUCGAGAUAGCCAACACUCCUGCACUGAGAGACGACUUCGGUGCUCGCUUCUACGACAAAAUCCUGCCGGGGUGCGAGCCUUACAUUCCCCUCUCCGACGCCUACCUCGAGUGCUACGCGCGGACGCUCACCGGCACGAUCUACCAUCCCGCGGGCACAUGCAAGAUGGGGCCGCCCACUGACCCCAUGGCCGUGGUGGAUCACAGGCUUCGGGUGCGUGGGGUGAACGGCUUGCGGGUGGUGGACGCUUCCAUCAUGCCGCUCAUCACGUCGGGCAACAUCAACGCGCCCACCAUCAUGAUCGGGGAGAAGGCCGCCGACAUGAUCAAGUGGGACUGGGGCGCCUCCUAGCGGCACUCCACGCAACCUCCUCCCGCCAAGCGACUGAAUCGACGCGCAGGGAUGCCACGUUAUCUUACUCAGAGCCUCGUACUUACCAGUUUCUGAGCCAUAGCUAUUGCCAAAAACCACCAAUAAUUAACCAUUUUAACGAUAACAAUACAUGAAGGCAGUUAUUGGGGGUCUAAGGGGCAGUUUUGGGGGUCUAAGGGGCAGUUUUGGGGGUCUAAGGGGCAGUUUUGGGGGUCUAAGGGGCAGUUUUGGGGGUCUAAGGGGCAGUUUUGGGGGUCUAAGGGGCAGUUUUUGGGUCGGAAAUCGGCAAACAUGGGAGACUGAGUACGACAAUCUGGCAACGGUGUCGACGCGUGGUGUUCGUAACGUAUUGCAGUACAGUCACCGUGGCCUAAGUCGGUCCAGAAGCCGAGCCCCGCCUCUUCCUAAUUAAGCCACGGGGACCGAGUGGUUGGAUGACAGGAGAUGAAAAGAUAAACAGUGUAAGGCCAUUGAAAAGCAGAGUGUGUGAAUAAGCAGAAGAGAGGGUCAAAAGCGAUACCGGUCAAAAGAAGAUGAAGGACUCAGGGGUCAAUACCUAUCACUACGGAGGGAGGGUGAGGGAGCGGGGGGCGGGGCAUCAGGACCAACUUAGUGUGCAGUGACUAUAGAAGGUGUACACACUCAGGAAAUAGUAGCGAAUGUAUAUAUAUAGCUGGUUCUGAUCCUUGCUGACUGCCACCCUACUCUCUCUCUCUCUCUCUCUCUCUCACCUAGGACGAGUGCACAGCAACAAAAGUAAUAAUAAUAAUAAUGAAUGGCUAAAUACAGAUAGAGUCCCCUUCUGUCUAUAUAGUGAAGACUUCAAAAGCCGUGACUGGCUGUUACCUGAGCCAAUCACGAUCAAGACAGUGGCGUGGAGUCGGGUUCGGUCCGCGAUGUGGUUCGAACUCUUGGCUUUGAAAAUAAAUCUCGGGACGCCGCACAACACAGUUCGUAUAUGGUAAAGACUUAAUUAAAAAUGGGUCGGCUGGACGCAACAACCUGUAAGUCUUGCUCUGACGUGGCCUUUUGAUAUAUUGUCCUCCAUGAACCAGAGUAAAGUUCCGUCACCACUGCUUCUCGCAGCCCCGCCCCGCCCCGCCCUAGGCGGCUCUGCCGGAAGGAAGAGGAGGGUGAAGGAAGCCUCGUCCUUGUCGGCCUAGUAUCACUGUGUUUGUAUUCUGCAAUCAUAAGUAGCCAAUAGUGUGUGUUAGUGUAAUCGUCAAUGAUUGCUGUGAUCCUUGGUAUUAAAUUAUAAUGUUUAAUGAUUUAGUUACACGUGUCAGUAAGUCAGUUUGUAGAUCUAUCUAUCUUUGCUGUGCUGAACGUGUCUCUCUACGUAGCUAUCUGUACAUAUUUUUAUUUUGUAAGUACUUUUAAAUAUGAGUAUUUAAUUUUUGUAUUGCUUGUAGCUUACAAAGUUUUUUUUACAGCAAUGUAAAAUACAUUUAAAAAAUGUAAAUAGGCUGAUGCAAUUGUUUUUGUAGCGAUGUGUAUGCUCGGUUACUGUAGUCCAUUCACUUAAGCUGGACCCCCAGCGGCGGCCCGAUGCCCGGAUUAGACACGAGAGGCAAAGUUUGCUGCCAUCACUGGAUCAAGCAGGGAUUGUACAACUAUAGAACAAUUUUCAAAAGUCAAUAGAACAGAAAAUACUAAUUAACUGCAGUGAGUACAAGUCAAAGAAUAACACCAAAUGUGCUUACAACUUUUAAAAAUCCUCACUUGUCUUCUGCAUCACACUGUGUCGAAAAUCUGAAAAUACCUUCGUAUUCAGAAGGAUUUUAUGUGCAAGAACAAAUGAUGUAUUCUAAACCUGAUUCCAAUGUUGCUGUGAAUAAUGAUAAUAAGUAAAAAGUGGUACAGCCGACAUGUUAAAUGUUACUUUCUGACUUAUGAUCAAUGUACAUAAAUUUUUUCUUGCCUGUGGUCUAAUGCUGUAAACACAACUUGCCUAUCCUGUGUACCCAGCGAGCUUGAGAUGAAAGGACUAUAGAAGGCCUGUGAGAACCUAGAGAUAAAACCUGUGUGCCAAUGUUCCUGGGCAAAGGGUUAAGCAGCGCUGCAGGUUGUGUCCAGCACUGAGUAGCACCCUGCAGUCACUGCUGCCUGUGGUUCGAGUUAUUUAUUCCUGUGACGAUCAGUGAGGAACGAGAUGAUUGAAAAAUGUGGACUGAGUAUGUGCUGGUCGUACAUACAUACAUAUUACAUACUGAUGUUCGGCUGACGUUGAGUUUUGUGGACUAAUAAACGAGAAGAGUUAUCUGAAAACCCCGGGACUCCAAAGACUGAACAAUAUUAAAGAAAAACAAAAUAUUAAAUGAUCCUGAGGAAAAUCUAUUUUUCCCCACAGUGAAUGAUGUCGCCGCAUCAAGCCAGAUUUGCUGCACCAUUUUGCCUACAUAGAGCAGGUUGAUGUCAUCUUUGUUAAUUUGACUGUGCUGAUAAAGUGACGGUGCUCAUGUAGUGGAAACCCUUUUGUAAACGUAAAGGCAAAGCUUUGAAAGUGUCCAGCUCAUGGCUGGGCACAACAGACUAUCACUUACACUUUCUUGUUACCAAAGGCAGCAGUUACCCCUCCCCCUCUCCCCUAGGGAUGGUGUCUGCUCUCAGAUAACUGCCUCCAGAGCAUCAAGUGAAGCCUGGCACACAGUGUCCACCAUCGAGCCAUUGGUCGGUAUAACACUCCUCCUUGAACCAAUGUAUUGCUGACAUCGGUCAGUGCAACACCCCUGGAUGAAGCAUUAUAUUUACUGGCUAAAAUGAGAUUUGAGAGUCCCGUCACUUUUCAUCUAACAGAUCACUUACAAUGUUUUGUACUGACAAAUGAUACAGCAGCACCCAACAAGGCUUGAAUCUGUUCUUAUUGUUCCUUUAAACAAUAUGCAGAUUACUUAAAAUUUAUCAGUAUGUGAUGAAGCAAUGUUAAUGGAGCUCAGUUUCCCCACAAUUGUGCUGUGUACCCACUGUGUUAAACGAUACAAAUUAAAUGUAGUUAUCUGUGU